AUGGCGCGGCGCAGCGUGACGAUCGUUGCCUCGGACGGAAGGCGAGAAGGGAUAUCCUGGUACGACGGGGCGACAGAAGCGGCGGUGUUGCGCUGCGCGCUCCUGGCCCUUGGCCUCCCGCUAAAGAGCGCCGCGCACCUGCUCUGGCAGUCCGGGGACAUCGUCGACCUUGGCACCCCGAUCACGGACGGCGCCACCCUUCACCUCGACACCGUCCGCGAGCUGGCGCUGCCGUCACAAGAGGCCGCCGGCGAUGUCUACACCAGCGGUGGCCACGACCACGGCGGUAGUAGCAGCAGCACCGCCCAGCGGCGUGUGAACAGCUCGAACACCGCGGUCGGCGGCGGCGGCGGCGGCGGCGAAGGGGGAGUCGCGCCAACCCGGCGUGGUGGCUCGGUCUCGGGAACGGCCUCUGGCGGCGGCGGGGACUGCCGGCAGCGGCCGUCGGCGUCCGAGUAA